AAUUUUCCAGCUAAUUUGGAGCACGAAUUUAGUUGGCGUUUCCGGGAAUUUACAACGGGACUGUAAAUAAAUUCAUUUUUGUUCUUUUUGUUUUGCUUCAAAUGCGGAUAAAGCAGAAUUUAAGUAUUUUUGUGUGUGUGUGGAAAUCCAAAGGACAAUUCAGCAAUAAAAGACUUCGAGUCACAGAUAUUAAUACAGUGAGCAAAGAGCAGAGGCAGAUCUCAAUUCUUACACAGCAAUGUACGGUAAAGCUGCAAUCUGCUUAUCAUUCGUGAUUCUCUUCCUCGUUUCAUGUUCAAUCUAUGUCGGCACCGUUGAUUUCAGAUCCUACUUCUUCCCUCUCCUUCAGUCGCCCACGGUUACACGCUCGCUCUGUGCUACCGGCCGCCCCCUCCGCGUUUACAUGUACGAUCUCCCCAGGAGAUUCCACGUCGGCAUGAUGGACCGUUGGAGCUCCUCCGAAGGAGCGGCUCCCUUGACGGCGGAAAAUUUCCCGCCUUGGCCAUCGAAUUCCGGGAUCAAGAGACAGCACAGUGUGGAGUACUGGUUAAUGGCGUCGCUUCUCCACGGCGGCGACGUUGUGGAAGGUAGGGAGGCGGUUAGGGUUUCGGAUCCUGAAACCGCGGAGGCCUUUUUUGUUCCCUUUUUUUCUUCGCUGAGUUUUAAUACGCACGGCCAUAAUAUGACGGAUCCUGAGACGGAGGUUGAUCGCCGAUUACAGGUUGAGUUACUGGAAUUCUUGCAAAAAUCCAAGUACUAUCAAAGAUCUGGAGGCAGAGACCAUGUAAUUCCCAUGACACAUCCAAAUGCUUUCAGAUUUCUUCGACAAGAGUUGAAUGCAUCACUCCUUAUUGUUGUAGAUUUUGGCCGCUAUCCUACAAAUGUGUCAAGUUUAAGCAAAGAUGUUGUUGCUCCGUACGUACAUGUUGUGGACUCCUUCACAGAUGAUGACCCUUUGGACCCAUAUGAGUCUCGAAAUACACUUCUUUUCUUCCGAGGAAAUACUGUCAGGAAAGAUCAAGGCAAAAUUCGAGUCAAACUGGCGAAGAUGUUGUCCGGUAUUGAUGAUGUUCAUUACGAGAAGAGCGUAGCAACUCCAAAAAACAUUAUAAUGUCUACAGAGGGGAUGCGUUCGUCGAAGUUCUGUCUGCAUCCUGCAGGUGACACACCUUCAUCUUGCCGACUGUUUGAUGCUAUUGUGAGCCAUUGUGUUCCCGUGAUCGUCAGUGAUAAUAUUGAGCUCCCCUAUGAGGAUGAAAUUGACUACACUGAAUUCUCAAUUUUCUUCUCUAUGAAAGAGGCAUUGGAACCAGGUUAUUUGCUCAAUCAGUUGCGUCAAUUUCCAAAGGACCGAUGGCUUGAAAUGUGGAACAGGCUCAAGAAUGUUUCCCAUCAUUUCGAGUUCCAGUACCCUCCGAAGAAGGAAGAUGCUGUCAAUAUGUUAUGGAGACAAGUAAAACACAAGCUUCCCGGGGUCCAACUUGCUUUACACAGAAGUAGAAGAUUGAAAAUUCCAGAUUGGUGGCAACGGAGGCGAUGAUAACAGAACCUUGUUUCAACACUGUACAUCACCGUAUUUAUCUCAUUUAUGGCAUCUGAUAGCGGGUAACGAGCAAAGGUGCAUGGAAAUCACAAGCCAACACAUCAUCAUGAGCCAUCUUUACCGAGCUCGUGACUUACGGUGCAUAGUUUCGAGCUUUUUUUUCUCUCUAAGGAAGCAGUCAAUUAAGAUUUGAACUCGGUUAAUAUUGUUUUUCAUCAUUUGUUUGUGCGGAUGUGGGUUAUAGAUAGUGUAAUGACAUAGGAUAUACACUUCCAGAGGUGGUUUUGUUUAGGUUCUAAUAUUUGCAUUCAGAUCUUGUACAAGUGUAUUCAAAGUGAUCAAGCUAAUUCAUGUAUCAGUACCUCAGAAACUUCAUUUGAUUUUGUC